GCAUCUCAUCUACACAAUCCUUCAACUUUACUGAUAACGCCUUCAUUAGGUACGUACCUUAUUACUAAAUUAACCCAGGGGUUAGCUUAGAUUCUUUAAGGCUACCUACUAGGUACCCCUUACUUGCCUGGGGGCUGCCGGGGUGGUUCCAUAGCGCCUUAGCACAGGUGCCUAGACCCAGCACUCAGUGGGUACAGGCGGGCGAUAGGCGGAUCAAACCUCCGAUAUCGACGCGCUCUCAUUGGCUCGAGAUGGAUGAAAAUCAGCAUUUUCGUAAGGGUAAAGACGCCCCUGCUGCAGGGCCCAGACGACCUACAAGGCGCCGAAGAAAUCCAGUACAGAACAAUUGGCACCAGGCGCUACCCUCCCAUUCUAUCCAGAACCAGCACCAGCACCACCAGCAUCACCAGCAUCAUCACCAUCACCAGCAGAACCCACUGAGCAAUAAUUAUAAUCCUCAACGUCAAACCGCCCAGGUUUUCCAGCACGAUCAAAACACAAACUUCGGAAUUACGGAUACUCUGCUGCAACAUCCGCGUCGUAUAGAUAGUCCUUCGGAAGCACUUAGAACGUCGUUGUCUGCUCGGCUUUCUCGAGGAGAUAUCUUAUUGGCACCGCGGUCUGAUCCACGCGAGUACGGUUCGUUCGCUGAUGGUGGGAUGGAUCGCGAUUCGCGAAGUAGAAGAUACGAUGAUGGGGAAGUCACUAGAUAUGGCGCCGGCGAAUCGUACCGCCCAUUUAAUUCCAACCGCUCUCCGCGCCGGGCUAGAAGCCCUCCCAGAGGUCGUAGUCCUCCCCUACUAGAUAGCGACCGCUAUGUACCCGGUCGAUCCCCACGACGUCGCUCGCGAAGCGCUGAUCGCUACCGACGAGACCCUUCCAGAGACCGACGAGAUACUAGGGAUAUGGGCGACAGCUGGAGACGACGUGAUAGAAGCCGUAGUCUUCGUCGAAGCCCACCUCGACGGUCUCCUCCCCGACGUAGUCCGCCUCGAAGAAGUCCGCCGCCCCGUAGAUUUUCACCAAGGAGGGAUGAUAGAGAUCGUUUACGAUCUCCGCGAAGAGGCUAUGAAACAAGACGAAGAUCUAGAUCUCCCCUCGAUAGAGACCGCGUGCGAGAUAGGUCGCCUCUUCGACGUUCGCCUCCGCCCAUCCCUCGAGCUAGCACCUACCGAACUCGCACCCGUAGUCCGGAUCGACGAGACGACCGUUACGGCCCUUUACACAACAGACGCCCUUCCCCGCCGCGCGAUUCGGCCAUCUCUUCAGCAAUGCCGUCUCGAGAUACAUCCCGUCGAUCUUCGCCCCAUCCUCCUCCCCCUCGUCGAGAUGAUCGUUCACAUCCACAAUCUCCCAUACCCUCUAGGCCUUUAUCUAGAUCUUCUCACGGCGUACCAGUUAGAGAACGAACUCCCCAAGGAACUCCAAAAGAAUCGACUGCUCCGCCUAGAUCUCCUCCGCGUGGCCCUGCCGCUCUCCGAGCACCUCCCACGGGUCCUAGAGAUACUCGCGCUUACGUGAGCCAGUCUGCUACGGCAAUAGGCCCGCCGUCGAGACCAGCCUCAACCGUUCCCGCAGUAGCAAGUCGACCCGAUAUUAGUCCCAGCGCCCCUCCGGCAGGUCCUAGGGGUUACGUGCCCUCGCGAGGAGGCAGUUAUAGCCGAGGCGGUCGAGGAGGGUCUAGUGGGCCUACCUGGGGCAAUACGAUCCAAAGCCGUAAUCUACCACCUGCUGCAGGUCCUAUCUCUGCUUCAGCUGCAACAAUCCCUAACCCCAUCCCCACAGGCCCUCGCGCAGGAUCCAUCUCGCAAUCCGUCCCCACGACCCCUGUUAACCAAGCCAAGCCUUUCAACCCGCCUAAGGGGCCAGCUGCCGAGAGCACUCGUCCUAGCCUGGCACAGCAACUUCUCGCGACUCUACCGCCUAUCAUCCCCGGCGGCAAGAUGGACCCCCACUAUCUCGCCAUGACGACAGGCGUACUCCCUGAACUGCAGGCACACACGCAGCAGCUCAAGGAGGAGGAAGAGAGGCUCCGCGCGGAGAAGUACGUUAAAGAGGAGAAGCUGAGGAAGAGCCUGGCGCUGUGGGACAAAUUCGAGAGGGAGGCCAAGGUCCUGGAGCUGAGGCUCGAGCUGAGCGAGAACAGCGUGAAGAAGUUCGCGGGCGAUGGCGUUGGUGGUGCGGCGUUUUAGUAGAAUGGCGGGACCGGAACCGGAGCCGGAGCCGGAGAGGGAGAUGGAAAGGAGAAGGGGGAGUGGAAGGGGAAGGGAAUGGUAGGGAAUAGGUUAGGACUCUUAGAGUAUUUUAGAUUGCGAUGUGUGUGUGUGUGUGUGUGUAUAAGGCAAGAAAGAGGGAUCCCAAGCAAGAAAGAGCAAAAUAGUAUGGAAGAUAUGGGGAUUACAACUGCAGAUGAGAUGCAGAAACGAGACGAGACGAGAUGAACCGAGACCUUUGGAACGUAAUUCCACUUCUGAAUUACGUAUCUAAAGGUCGGUCUUAUUUCACUUUACCUACUCGCGUACUCCUAGCCGCGAUUGGUUACGGGAAUUCCAUUCAUACGGACAGGCGUCUAGUUUCCAGGAAAGGGAAAAAUCUCAGGGGAGUACUAUUAGAGAGUUCGCCUUCAUUUGUUUAUUGUUAUUGUCGUGUACCUACCUAGGUAACUAUAUGGUUGCAGAAGGGUUAAUUACUUCAGGUAAAGAGGUACCUUUGCAUUGGGGACAUGUCUCACUUGUUCGGCGUGGAGGCUAGGUGGCUUAACAGGUAGCUUAGCCUAGCUGGCUACCUCUAGCUACCUGGUUAGAGGUUCAUAGCAGGUAGUUUGCGUAUUGCAUGAUACCAAAUCGAUUAUUUUUUUAAUGAUAUGACAAGACGACAUGACAUGGCAUGACAUGACUAACG